AUUUCAUUGGAUAAUAUCGAGAGUAAAUGUUCAUCGCCAUAUUUUGAUUAUUUCGGCGCAGUUAAAAACGAACAAAAUGAGUUCUCAAGAAAAACCUGAAGAGACGAAAGAGGAAAACAAAGACAAAUCCACUGGAGAUGAUGUUUUUAUCAAACCAGCUACCCCCGAGCUAUCAGCUUCCGAAAAAAUGAAACAAGAAGAAGAUAAAUUAAGGAAAAAGUAUCCAAAUAUGAAGCCAGGUGUGGGAGGGUCUGCCUUAUUAUCAAAAAGGCUUCAAAAGAAUAAGUACUUUGACUCAGGAGAAUACAACAUGACGAAGGCCAAGAUGAGAGGAUCUAAACUACCACCUGCUGCCCAGGAGAACAUGAUAUUACAGGAACCCCCAGGGGAUGCCAUUCCAACCCCAGAGGCCAUAGCUACAAUUAGGAAACCAUCACUUCAACAAAGCAAACUGGCAGAGCACUCAUGAACAGAUCCACAAAUAAUGAUAUUGUUUUGUUAGAAGAUAGUGCUCUUUUCACCUUUCAAAUGACAGGAAAAGGUGGCAGUCCCAACACCUCAUUUUGAAAAAAAAAAAGGAAAUACUUCACCAAAAAAUUCAAAGCAAAAUUGUUGAAUUCAACAACACUUGGGUAUUGGGGGGGGGGGGGGGGUUCUGAUCUACAGUUUCAAUGAACUAAAUGGGAAAAGUAUAUUUUUAAAUGUAUUUUUCAUUUCGUCUGUGAUGUAUACUUCAUUUGGCCGAGUGUGUGUGUGUAUGUGUGAAAUUGUUCUUUCUGAAUGUUCAUUGUGUGACUACGUGUUUGAUAUCAUUGAUUAUGUUUAAUCAGCUAUAGUUAUAUCUCCCUGGAAUGUUGACACUUUUUCAGAAUGAUGUUUAAGCAUUUCCAUUGUUACACAUAAAUUAUGUUUAUUGUGUUAUGUAUGUAGUUCUUGGUAGAUAUUGGGAAGAAGUGGGGAGAAUGUACAUGGCAGUGCUUUGUUUUCCAUAUCACAUCAGGAUUAUUUUAUUCUAUUUCCACAUGUUAUAUUUUUUUCUGUAGUUUGGUCCUUAUUGGAUAGGGCAAUUGCACUGUAUAUUUUCGCUUUUGACAUACAUUUUGCUUAUGCAGCAAUUUUUUAAAUGAUGUAGAAAGUAAAGUUCUGAUUUAUAAGGAUAUUCAUAUCUAAAUUGAGUAGAAUAACUGUGCAAUAAAAUAUCUAUUAUAAGGAGAAGGGAAUUGAAUUGACCUACAGUUCUUAAAAUUUUGCAAGUUCUUGUAAAUUUGGAAAACUUCACAUCAUUAAACAUUGAUCCUUGAAUGAAUGUUGUGUUACUAGGUUUUUGGGUCAUUUGCAAUAAGAAAGGCUAAAACUAUUCCAGUAGUGCGGAUCUUAUGAUUUUGACAAGCCACAUUGUUUGGGAGUACUAGCAGUGUAUUACAGACUGUAUAUAGAUAUUUACGUUCUUUUUAAAUAUGAUCACCUCACUCCUUUAUUGUUAUAGAUUUGUUUAAAUAUCAAGAAUAAAUCAUAGUUAUGUAAUAAA